GCGUGACACGUCGACGAUAGAAACCUGUCUCAUCUCUAAGAAUAUUUUAGUGUCACCUCUAAACUAAAAAUAUAAAUAAAAAAGAUUUUAAAAACUACGCUGUAUUAUUGCCCACGCUUCUGAAGUCCAGUAGUUUUGAAAACAGUUGGUUUAAGAAUGGGGCAACUAACUUUCGAGGAUGAUUGCCUGAUCCGCGAGCUGGAUAGUCGAUACUACGGCUUUUUGGAUUUGUCCAAUUCGAAAAAUGCGGAAUUACGGAAUCUCGUUCAGCAGACCAUCACAAACUUACAAAACUACAUUGCAAAUGGCCAGGCGCACGAAUCGAAGAACAGCAGUGAUAAUAAAAAUGCUAUACAAAAGUUUGAGCCAUCAACUCAAGCGGGUGAACAUAUGGAAAACACAUCGUCCCAAAACAAUGACGACACCAAACCUUUUGAGCAAGAUGUCAAGGAAAAGGUGCCCAUCAUUGAAGAAAAACCCCAGGAUCAGCACUACGUUAACGCUCUUUGCAAACUUGGCCACCUGCAUCUUCUUCUUGGCGAAUACACCGAAGCUUUAUCAGCGUACCAGAAGUAUUUACGAUUCAGAGAAAACAAUUACUGGACAAAUCAUGCAUUUAUGUAUGGAAUAGGCGUUGCUUAUUUUAAACUUCGGUGCUUUAAAUGGGCCAUCAAAUCGUUUCAGGAGCUUUUAUACCUAAGUCCCAAUUUUACAUGUGCAAAUGAAGUUCAUUUGCGUCUAGGUCUUAUGCUAAAACACUGCGGGGAGUUCCAUAUUGCCCUUAAACAUUUACAAUUGGCGCUGCUUUAUACAUAUCCUUCGACCUUUUCGGAACUUCAGGUCAAAUUUCAAAUCGCGCAUUUGUACGAAGUUCAAAACAAGCACAAGGCGGCAAAGGAUGGCUACGAAUUUCUUCUAAAUGAGAAAAACAUCUCCUUGGAGCUCAAAGCAGAUGUUUAUCGACAAUUAGGAUGGAUGUACCAUUGCGUAGAAUGCCUAGGCGAAAAAAAGGAACGUGAAGCGAACGCAUUAAAUUUUCUACAAAAAUCAAUCGAAGCUGACCCAAAGAGUGGACAAUCAUUAUAUUUACUAGGAAGGUGUUACGCCGGCAUCAAUAAGGUUCAUGAUGCUUUCCUAGCAUACCGCAAUUCGGUGGAAAAAAGUGAGGGGAAUGCUGAUACUUGGUGCUCAAUCGGCGUCUUAUAUCAGCAACAAAAUCAACCCACGGAUGCCCUUCAAGCCUACAUAUGUGCUGUGCAAUUGGAUAAAGACCAUAAAGCCGCGUGGACCAACCUGGGUAUACUUUAUGAGAGCUGUGGUCAAUUACGAGAUGCCUAUGCUUGCUACUUAAAUGCAACCAAACAAAUAUCAUUCCAGAAGUCUUCGUUAAUUCGAAAGAAACAAGCAAUACGUAUGAAAAAGGACACAAUUGGACUGUCGAAAGGCCUGUCUCAGAGAAUCACUUUCCUGGAGGGCCAGCUCAGUCAAGCACCAUUGCCAAGUAUUACAUCGAAGCGCCGCCAGCUGUGUUCAAUCGAAGAAGCUUGGAACCUGCCAAUAUCAUUAGAAAUGAACUCUCGCCAACAACAAACAGCGCAGAUGCUACCAAGACAGGUCACAAAGCAAAGUCCAGUACAGGGACCGCCACCACCUUAUCCGCAUAGCCAACUCAGCCAAAGUCCCAUACCUUCGAAACGUAUUAAGGAAGAUGGCACAGGCCAACAAGAAGUAACACAAAACAACAGUCAGACAUCUGCGCAAAAUCUAAUAAACAUUUCGGAAUCUUUAAACCAGCGCAACUUCAACGCCAUGCCGGAGAGCAACAAAAGUUCGGAGCAAAGUGUUCUUGACACCUUCGACGACAUCUCGAAUGAUAUUUAUAAACAGAAUGAGAGCAUCAAGCUCGAACGUUUGAGCCACGAUGCACUCAGUAACAAUGAGGACUCGAGGCAUGAUUAUAUUGGCGGUGACAACGCCGACCUCUCGACCACGUUCAAAAUACAAAUGGACUCGAAGCAGUUGAUGGCAGCUGUGAAGCUGCUGCCGAUCGACGAACCGCCCGUGCACUGCACCAUUUUGCAAGUGAAUGCGCCGCCGCCAUCUCCGCCCGAUUGCCCACCGCAGAAACUGACGCGAGAUCAACUCCUGCCUCCCACACCCUCGGUUCAUUUAGAAAAUAAGAAGAACGCGUUCAGUCCCCAGUUGCAGGAGUUUUGCCUGAAACAUCCGAUUGCCGUUGUACGCGGCUUGGCGGGCGCUCUGAAGCUAGAUCUCGGUCUCUUUUCGACCAAAACGUUGGUGGAAGCCAACCCGGACCAUAGUGUUGAGGUUCGGACCCAAGUGCACCAGUCUCCCGAUGAAAAUUGGGACACUUCGCAGGGUAAGCGCGUCUGGGCCUGCAUCUCCCAUCGGUCUCACACAACCAUAGCCAAAUAUGCCCAAUAUCAGGCAUCCAGUUUUCAAGACAGCUUGAAGCUUAUUUUACCGCAGGAUGAAAGCGAUAAAGGUUUCCCCGGCUCGCAAGCAAUGUCGGACUCAGACUCAAAGGACUCGGUAUCCAAUUCGAACAUUGUUCUCAAGCGUAAAAAACACAAAAUAAACAGCAAAAUGUUGAGGUUCGGGACCAACGUGGACCUCUCCGAUGAAAAGAAAUGGAAACCACAACUAACAGAGCUACAAAAACUGCCAGCUUUUGCGCGAGUUAUAUCCGCUGCCAAUAUGCUAUCACACGUAGGCCACGUCAUUUUGGGCAUGAACACCGUUCAGCUGUACAUGAAGGUGCCCGGAAGUAGGACGCCUGGCCACCAAGAGAACAACAACUUCUGCUCAAUCAACAUCAACAUCGGUCCUGGCGACUGUGAAUGGUUUGCCGUCCCCGAUGCCUACUGGGGCGGAGUUCACAAUCUGUGCGAGAAGAACAACAUCAGCUAUCUGCACGGCUCGUGGUGGCCCGUCCUGGAGGAUUUAUACAAGGAGAAUAUACCAGUUUAUAGAUUUAUACAGAAACCCGGUGACUUGGUUUGGGUGAAUGCCGGAUGCGUCCAUUGGGUUCAGUCGAUCGGUUGGUGCAACAACAUUGCGUGGAACGUUGGACCCUUGACGGCCCGUCAGUAUUCUCUUGCCAUCGAGCGAUAUGAGUGGAAUAAGGUGCAGGCCUUCAAAAGCAUUGUGCCGAUGGUGCAUUUAAGUUGGAACCUUGCAAGGAACAUCAAAGUGUCCGAUACCAAACUUUUCGAGCUGAUAAAAAUGUGUUUGCUGCAAACGCUGAAAAACGUAUUGCACAUACAAGAGUAUGUCAAAUCGAAAGGUGUGGAAAUACGUUUCAAUGGACGCGGAAAGAACGAAGCAUCCCAUUACUGCGGACAAUGCGAGGUUGAGGUUUUCAAUGUGCUGUUCAUCAAGGAGCAGGAGAAACGACACGUGGUCCACUGCCUAUCGUGCGCGCUGAAGUUGUCUCCGUCGCUCCAGGGAAUCGUUUGCCUCGAGGAGUAUCGUCUGACGGAGCUGCAGCGCGUGUACGAUUCGUUUACUUUACACAGAACCCAAGGACUAGCAUACACUCAGUAGUUGUAAUACGAGGAAUCAUUUUAAGUAAUGCAGAUUUAAUAUAUGUAUAUUUUACAACGUA